AGUACAACACACCAAACUCACCUAAAAAGCAACGUUUUUGGGUUUUCUAGCAAUUUUCAUUUAGUGGGUGAAGAUAUGUCAAAAUUUGUGGGCGUGAAACUGGCUGAAGAACUAUCACAAAUCGUACCAAUUUUACCACAUUUUUUUCCACUAGAAUCGAUUCGGGUUUAACGCACCAACAGCGCACACGAAGUUUACAUUUUUUACAUGACGCUGUUUCCCGAAUUUAUCGACAGUUUUUAUCGCAAAGUGACAUUUUCGAGCACAAAGACAAGGCUGUUUCAGGGAUUUUCGCCUUUCACUAGAUUGGCCACCUUGGCGUCUUAUCUGCCAACUUCACGUCAAACAAAAAGUGAGGUUAGUUAUACAACAAAAACAUCGGAAAAAUGGCAAAAAACACACCGGGGGACCGGGAUAGUAGCCCCGAUAUGGAAAUCGAGCGAGACCACAAACCCAUAGUCAUCAGGAACUCCACAGAUUUGCAAAGACUCAAACUGGAAAAAUUGAUGAAAAAUCCUGAAAAAGAGGUGAUAAUCCCCGAGAGGCCCAAAGAACGAGGGGUUCCCGUAGUACCUGAUUUCGUCCGGAAUGUCAUGGGGAGUAGCGCUGGGGCUGGUUCAGGGGAAUUCCACGUCUAUAGGCAUUUAAGGAGAAAAGAGUACGCGAGACAGAGAUACAUGAAGGAAAAGGGCGAAAGGGAAAAGUUAGACAACGAAUAUCAUGCUAAACUAGAAGAAAACAAGAAGAAAGCGGAAGAAAGAACUGCAAAAAAGAGACAGAAAAGACUAAAGAGGAAACAGAAAAUGAAGAAGAAGCCAAAGUUAGGCAGUAAAUCGUCACAAAGUGAAGCAACUGAAAGCAGUAGCAGUGAAGAGGUGGAAAGUGAAGAAUGCGAGAAAAAAAAUGAAGAACAGAUAAGUGACGACAGUAAACCUAAAAAUGAACAAGAAACAGAAGACAAUAAAUCGAAAGAGGAUGAACCAAAAGAAACUGAAGACAAAAACGAAGAAACGAAAUAAAAACUUUAGAAUUUUUUAUGAAAA